AUGUCAUCCAAGAACGACAAAUUGGUGCACAACCUGUCGUCAAAGGAGCUGACGGAGGAACACAUGCAGGUUUUACGGCAUGAGGCCUCAUUCAACACAGCCGAUGCCAAACCUGCCAACAUGAUCGCAGCAGUGGAAUCAAUCCUCAGACAGACGGGAGCGACAGACGAAACGAAGAACCUCAUUCGACACCAAGUGUCCUCCCUCCUCAUGGCUCAUGGGCCGCGCGACGUGCUUUCCAAGGUCGAGCGUGAUGCACUUAAGGAACUCAGGGCCGACAACGACCUCGUUAUCGUGCCUGCGGACAAGGGACGUUCAACGGUCGUAUUGGACAGGACAGACUACAAUCAAAAAGCCAAAAGCUUGUUGGAGGAUCGUCAGUCCUAUGUUCCAUGCGAAUCCGACCCCAUGAAAACGCUGACACGCGAGAUUAACGCGACGCUGUUGGCAAUGGAGAACUCAAGUGCAAUAUCGCCAAUCGACCGACGCAUGGCGAGAGCACAAGAAACGGCCCUAGCCCGAUUCUACGGUCUCCCAAAAGUGCACAAAGAGGGCGUUCCUCUCCGGCCUAUCGUAUCACUAAAGGGCACUCCAACCUACGGACUGGUUAAGUGGCUGUUCCAAAGUCUCAAGUUUCUGACCUCCGACUCGAACACCACAGUCAGCUCGUCAACGCAAUUCUUGGAGAAGCUUAAAGGAGUAAGUCUCCUGCCAAGCGAUAUCAUGGUUUCCUUUGAUGUCACGUCCCUUUUUACUUCUAUCCCACAGGACCUGGCAGUCGAGACAAUCGAACUACUCCUACGAGAGAAGUACGACGAAACGGAGAAUCGCCUCGGACACGCCCAAAUCAUCCAGCUCCUGAAGUUCUGUCUCAAGACGUACUUUACGUUCGACGGAACAAUCUACGAGCAGGUGAAGGGAACGCCAAUGGGUUCGCCGAUUUCGGGACUCAUAGCCGAGGCGGUCCUACAACGGCUGGAGUCGCUGGUUUUCCGACACCACCGACUGAAAUUUUGGGCUCGGUAUGUGGAUGACACCUUCGUCGUCAUCGAACGGGAUCAGGUGCUGACGUUCAAAGAACAACUCAACGCCGUCUUCUCGGACAUUCAAUUUACGAUGGAGGAGGAGAAAAACAAUCAACUGGCCUUCCUGGAUGUCCUCGUCUGCCGCAAAGAUUGUGGUGGCCUAAAGACCAAAGUGUUCAGGAAAGCGACAAAUACGACGCAAAUACUGAACUUUAAUAGCAACCACCCGAUCAGUCACAAACGCAGUUGCGUAAGGGCGCUAUACCGGCGCGUUGAGACGCACUGCAGUGAAAUGGAAGACAAGGUUGCUGAACUACAAUAUCUUCGACGGGUAAUGAGAGCCAAUGGUUACCCGCGCAACUUUGUCAACCAAUGCAUACGAAAAGGACACCAGAGACCAAGUCCAACCGGACCCAAAUUUUGGCGGGCUCUUCCGUACGUGAAGAACGUCUCGGAAGCCGUCAGUCGUCUUCUCACUCCACUUGGAGUUGGGGUUGCACACAGGCCGGAAGCAACCAUUAGGCGCCAAGUCAUGAGGCCAAAAGACCCGCUGCCAAGGCAGGACACGUCUGGAGUCAUUUACCGGAUCUGGUGUAGUUGCGGACAAAGCAAUUAUGUCGGAGAAACUGGGAGAUUACUCCGUACGCGAACUGCCGAGCACGCAACAGCAGUGAGGCGGGGAGACGCUAACUCUCAAGUGGCGGCACACUCGACGGGACCCGGCCAUAUUUUCAAAUUUCAAGAGGCCGAAAUCCUCGCAAGGGGUGACAACCGCGUGAGCCGCGAGCUGCUCGAGUCAUGGUUCUCAGGCCCGCAAUCCAUCAAAAAGCACAAUGACCUCCCGGUACCCUAUGGCGUACUGCGAUUUUCCCUGGGCAGGAGAAUCAGUCACGUGGGGAGGGCGCGGGCGAGCAAUCAUCGCGGUGACAGUAAGCCAGUUUGCCGAGCAAUCGUCACACCAGCAUCCAGCACGGAUGACGAAAUCGCGGCCAUUAACAACUCGGACUCGGACCGACAAGCCACCACCGCAUCAAUUACGACCCCAGCGGUGAUUACGAAUACUGUUAAUUGCAGUGCGCAUACGGUCCCACGGCAGCCACGUGCUAUAAAUACUGCACUCCUGGUGCCACCAUCACCUUUAUCUGCGAAUUUUUCUGAUGAUGGAUUCGAGUGA